GUGCACUCUAGAAUAAAGUCGGGCGCCGAUUGGAUCGCCGCCCGAACUCUUUAUUAUCCUGUGAACGCUUGUUGUGGCUCGGUCAACUCCAGCGCCUCUUUCCCCAAAUAUUCAUAAACCCUUUGGGAAUUGUUUUUUUUUCAUUAGAGGACCCAUGCGGCGCUCGAAGCGGAUGCGCUGUCCCGAUGGACGGUGGACAAAUGAGUGGAGCUGUGAGGAGAAGGAGGAGGGGGAGGAAGAAGACAGGAGUGUGGAGACUCGCAAGCGCCCGAAGUGGGAUUCGCGGAGCGUUGAGAGAGACAGGAGACCAGGACGAUUCCAUCACUACAGAACAUACGAAAGGUGCAGAAAAAGCAGCAGGGGGCUGGAGUUCACAGAGCGCAGGGCGCCGGAGCCCAGGCCGAAGCCACGGGGCCAUGAGAAGAGAGCAAGCGAUCGGGCCGUUCCUGAGAAAGAGCAGGACGGAGACGGGCAUUGGCACCACUACAGCAAAUCCUUGGCUCGGUGCGAGAGCAGAGAACAGCAGCACCACAGCGGCCACUCGCACUCGAAAAGUCAUCGAAGGAAAAGAACCAGGAGUUUUGAGGAUGAUGAAGAGGGUCACCUGAUCUAUCACAAUGGACAAGUUCUAAGAGCAAGAUAUGAGAUUGUGAGCACUCUCGGUGAAGGAGCUUUUGGAAAAGUAGUGGAGUGUAUCGACAACACAGAAGACGGUAUGAGGGUGGCCCUAAAGAUUAUCAAAAAUCAGGCGCGCUAUCGUGAGGCAGCUCUUAUCGAAGUCGAGGUGCUGAAACAGAUGAAGGCGUUGGACUGUGAAAACCGGCUUGCAUGUGUGCGGAUGCUGGACUGGUUUGACCUUCACGGUCACAUCUGCAUCGUGUUUGAGCUGCUAGGACUGAGCACGUAUGACUUCCUGAAGGCGAACGAUUACAUGCCCUUUACUGUUGACCAGAUCAGACACAUGGCAGAUCAGAUCUUCAGAGCUGUACACUUUCUUCAUCAGAAUAAACUCACACACACCGACUUGAAACCUGAAAACAUUCUAUUCGUGGAUUCAGACUGUGAUAUUGAAUACAAUGCCAAGUUGAAACGGGAGGAGAGGACUCCGAAGAACCUCGACGUGAAGGUCGUGGACUUUGGCAAUGCUACGUAUGACCAUGAGCACCAUACUUCAGUGGUGUCUACACGUCACUACAGAGCACCUGAAGUCGUCUUGGAGCUGGGCUGGAAUCAGGCAUGUGACGUUUGGAGUUUGGGCUGUAUUCUGAUUGAGUACUAUCUGGGUUUAACACUUUUUCAGACUCAUGAUAGCAGGGAGCAUCUCGCCAUGAUGGAGAGGGUUCUAGGACCAAUACCAGCACACAUGCUCCAGCAAACAAGGAAACGCCACUACGUUCAUCAUGGCAAGCUGGACUGGGACGAGUGCAGCUCAUCAGGCAGAUACGUGAGGAAGCACUGCAAGCCUCUCAAGCAAUACAUGUCCUCCAAGAGCUGGGAGCACGAGCAGUUUUUCGACCUGCUCCAGAAGAUGAUGGAGUAUGACGUGUCCAAGCGCAUCACCCUGGAGGAGGCCAUCAAACACCCGUUUUUCACACCGCUUAGGAAAGAGAGUGAAAAGUGAACCUCUGAUUGCCUUUUUCACGCUUUUACACCUCCCACGGAGACUCCUGCUGACUGUAUCAGUCUGCUGCACUGGAGCAAUAAGCCGAAGAUAAAGCUUUAGGUGAUAAUAAAAUGAUGGUGCUUCGUCUUUGCUCUGUAUUGAUCAGUGAUCUGAGAAUUUACAGAUGACCGAACAAGACUGUUGCAUAAUUCUGGUUGCUUAAUGUACAUAUUUAUUUUUCUGAUUUCAUGGUGGAAAAAAAUGUGUUGGAAUUUUUGUGUUAAUUAAACUUGAAUACAUUUUCAGAUAA